CCGGGUCAAAGGGGCCUGGGCCGCCGGGUCCCCAGUGUCUGCCGCCCCUGCCGUCCCCCACGCCCGCCACUUCCGGGGCCGCCGUCCGGGCAUGGAGCCGCGAGCGUGAGGCGCCGCCGGCCCCGGGACGCCCUGCCCAGCCCGGCCGCCGCCCCGAGCCCCGGGUCCGUGUCCCACGGCCGAGCCGGCAUGGAGGCUUUCUCGACCCUUUAGAAGGCUGCUCUCCUGAGGUCGCCGAGUGGUUCAUGCGGAAGGUCAAGAAGCUGCGCCUGGACAACGAGAACACAGGAAGUUGGAGAAGUUACCGUGAGGCUUAAACGUAAUUCUCCACGCGAGGCCCAGGCGCUGGCUUCUCGCUGAACUCCGAGGGGGCCGAGAGGAUGGCUACCGGGACGCCCACGUCCGACCGGGGUGACGCGGUGGAGAUGGAGGACCCGGCGUGUCGCUUCCAGGUGCAGAAACACUCAUGGGAUGGGCUCCGCGACAUCAUCCAUGGCAGCCGCAAGAACUCAGGCCUGAUCGUCAACAAGGCCCCACACGACUUCCAGUUCGUGCAGAAGAGGGACGAGUCGGGCCCCCACUCGCACCGCCUCUACUACCUGGGGAUGCCCUACGGCAGCCGAGAGAACUCCCUGCUCUACUCUGAGAUUCCCAAGAAGGUCCGGAAGGAGGCCCUGCUCCUCCUGUCCUGGAAGCAGAUGCUGGAUCACUUCCAGGCCACGCCCCACCACGGGGUCUACUCGCGGGAGGAGGAGCUGCUGCGGGAGCGGAAGCGCCUGGGGGUCUUCGGCAUCACCUCGUACGACUUCCACAGCGACAGCGGCCUCUUCCUCUUCCAGGCCAGCAACAGCCUCUUCCACUGCCGGGAUGGGGGCAAAAACGGCUUUAUGGUGUCCCCCAUGAAGCCGCUGGAAAUCAAGACCCAGUGUUCGGGGCCCAGGAUGGACCCCAAGAUCUGCCGCGCCGACCCCGCCUUCUUCUCCUUCAUCAACAACAGCGACCUGUGGGUGGCCAACCUCGAGACGGGCGAGGAGCGGCGGCUGACCUUCUGCCACCGAGGGUUAUCCAGUGUCCUCGACGACCCCAAGUCUGCGGGCGUGGCGACCUUCGUCAUCCAGGAGGAGUUCGACCGCUUCACUGGCUACUGGUGGUGCCCCACGGCCUCCUGGGAGGGUCCCGAAGGCCACAAGACGCUGCGCAUCCUCUACGAGGAGGUGGAUGAGUCGGAGGUGGAGAUCAUACACGUGCCCUCCCCGGCUCUGGAGGAGAGGAAGACAGACUCCUACCGCUACCCCAGGACAGGCAGCAAGAAUCCCAAGAUUGCCUUGAAGCUGGCCGAGUUUCAGACGGACGGUCAGGGCAAGAUCAUCUCGACCCAGGAGAAGGAGCUGGUGCAGCCCUUCGGCACGCUGUUCCCAAAGGUGGAGUACAUCGCGAGGGCCGGCUGGACCCGCGACGGCAAAUAUGCCUGGGCCAUGUUCCUGGACCGGCCCCAGCAGCGACUCCAGCUGGUCCUCCUCCCCCCGGCCCUGUUCAUCCCCACCACCCAGGACGAGGAGCAGCGGGCGGCCUUCGCCAGAGCCGUGCCCAGGGACGUGCAGCCCUACGUGGUGUACGAGGAGGUCACCGACGUGUGGAUCAACGUUCACGACAUCUUCUAUCCCUUCCCCCAGUCAGAGGGAGAAGACGAGCUCUGCUUCCUCCGCGCCAACGAGUGCAAGACGGGCUUCUGCCACCUGUACAAGGUCACCGCCAUUCUCAAGCCCCACGGCUACGACUGGACCCAGCCCUUCAGCCCCGGGGAAGAUGAAUUUAAAUGCCCCAUCAAGGAGGAGGUCGCGCUGACCAGCGGUGAAUGGGAGGUGUUGGCGAGGCACGGCUCCAAGAUCUGGGUCAACGAGGAGACGAAGCUGGUGUACUUCCAGGGCACGAAGGACACGCCCCUGGAGCACCACCUCUACGUGGUCAGCUACGAGUCGGCUGGCGAGGUCGUGCGCCUCACCACGCCCGGCUUCUCCCACAGCUGCUCCAUGAGCCAGAACUUCGACAUGUUCGUCAGCCACUACAGCAGCGUGGGCACGCCGCCCUGCGUGCACGUCUACAAGCUUAGCGGGCCCGACGACGACCCUCUGCACAAGCAGCCCCGCUUCUGGGCCAGCAUGAUGGAGGCAGCCAGCUGCCCCCCGGAUUACGUGCCGCCGGAAAUCUUCCACUUCCACACGCGGGCCGACGUGCGUCUCUACGGCAUGAUCUACAAGCCGCACGCCGUGCAGCCGGGCAAGAAGCACCCCACCGUUCUCUUCGUGUAUGGAGGCCCCCAGGUGCAGCUGGUGAAUAACUCCUUCAAAGGAAUCAAGUAUCUGCGGCUCAACACGCUGGCGUCCCUGGGCUACGCCGUGGUGGUCAUCGACGGCCGGGGCUCGUGUCAGCGAGGGCUUCGCUUCGAGGGGGCCCUGAAAAACCAAAUGGGCCAGGUGGAGAUUGAGGACCAGGUGGAGGGCUUGCGGUUCGUGGCUGAGAAGUACGGCUUCAUCGACCUGAGCCGGGUCGCCAUCCACGGCUGGUCCUACGGGGGCUUCCUCUCGCUCAUGGGGCUCAUCCACAAGCCCCAGGUCUUCAAGGUGGCCAUUGCGGGCGCCCCGGUCACGGUCUGGAUGGCCUACGACACAGGGUACACGGAACGCUAUAUGGAUGUUCCGGAGAAAAACCAGGUCGGCUACGAGGCGGGGUCCGUGGCCCUGCACGUGGAGAAGCUGCCCAACGAGCCCAACCGCCUGCUCAUCCUGCACGGCUUCCUGGAUGAGAACGUGCACUUUUUCCACACAAACUUCCUCGUCUCCCAGCUGAUCCGAGCGGGAAAGCCUUACCAGCUCCAGAUCUACCCCAACGAGCGACACAGCAUCCGCUGCCCCGAGUCCGGCGAGCACUACGAAGUCACGCUGCUGCACUUUCUCCAGGAAUACCUCUGAGCCCCGCGGCCGCCGGCGCGUCCAGAGCACAAGUGGCUCCGCCGCCGCUGCCCCCGGGGGACCGAGUGGCCCGCCCCGCCGCGCCCAGGGGCGCCGCCUUCGCGCCCCCGCCUUCUCUCGGUUUUCGAUGCUCCUGGGUUCUUGCCUGUUGCUUCUCGGUCGCCGGGAGGAGAGACGAGGCCGCGCCCACGAGGCGCUUGUCAAGCCAUCCCCUCCUGUCCCCGUGUCGCCCGGGAGCAGGAGGUCAAGCCCGCGGCCACCGGAGAGGCCCGCCCCCGCGGCCCGGAGCAUGCGACCGCCUUUCUGCGC